CUAUAAUAUUUUAGAACUUAGUUUCAAUGCUGUCAACAUCCACCAAACGGGCAGCUGCCCUUUCAAGCCACCAUUCCCUAUCGCUUUAUAGACGAUAUGGAAGCACAGCGACCCAGCCUACGAUUCCGCUCAUAAUCAAUGGCCAGCAGGUGCAUGGUUCUGAAUCUUCCCCCGUUAUCAGCCCUUUGACUGGUAAAGAAGUAUGGUCUUUCUCUUGUGCCAGCAAGCAUCAGGUGCAGGAAGCUUCUCGAACCAAAGUUUCCUAUCGACGCGAUAUAUUUCUCAAAGCCGCUGAGAUAAUGGAAAAAAGGCUUGAUGAGCUCGGCGGAUAUAUGCAUCACGAGCUAGGCGCCAAUAAAUUUUACUAAGACUUCGUUCUUAGGCUGACAAUUAAAGGGUUAAAGGAUACAGCUGGUAGGAUAGCUGGGGCUGUGCAAGCGUUUGCACCGGAGUCAACCCAUGAAGGUAUGAAAGCUCUGGUGUAAAAAAAACCUUAUAGAGUUGUUCUAGGAAUUGCACCUUGGAAUUCCCCUUUUCAUCUUGGACUUCGAUCUGUUCUUUUUGCCUUGGCUGCUAGAAACACUACUGUUCUGA